CCACAACAUCAAACACCGAUCAGCAACCAAACCGGUCAUGGCUUCGUUAAAAGUGAUAACAGUAUUGUGUCUCGCGAUUGCGACAUCAUGUGCCCUUCCUACGCAAGAGGAACCACGCGCUUCUCGCAACUCCAUACAAACAGAAAACGACCUUUUGGAUAGCAUUUACGCGGACUGUUUACGAAAGGAUUCAAUGUCGUGCGUUAAAUAUAAGUUGUUUUCGUUCGUGGAUAAAAUGUUGGGACACAAAGAUACGAUCACGAUUACAGAUGGACUAACGAUAGUGAAAACUCAAGACGGUGAACCGGAAGGAGCCCCUCGUGCAAUUAGCGGAGAUGAAUCAAUCGAAUCGUUGAUCUUCAAUCGCGUGCAACGCUUUUUAGAAUCGCAUACCUUGAAAUUGAACCUGAAAGGAAGCGAAAUCGUCGAUUCAUUCAAUUCGGCGGCACGUUCGUUCGGUGAUGUAAUGGACAGCAUGAAUGAAGACGAAAACUCGGUCGAAACGGAGGAGGGUAGAGGAAAGAAGAAGAAGGGUGGAAAAAUUUUCGGACCACUUUUAGCCAUUGCCGGUUUGAAAGCUGCAAUUUUGGGUAAACUCGCACUAGCCGGCAUCGCACUCAUCGCUGGAAAGGCGCUUCUCAUCGGCAAAAUCGCACUUGUACUUUCUGCCAUCAUCGGUCUCAAGAAACUGCUAGGAAGCGGGGGUGGCAAACAUGUAACGUACGAAGUUGUAGCCCACCCACAUCACAGUACCAGCCACGUUUCUUCGCACGAUGGUGGAUACGGUGGUAGCGGUUACGGAGGAGAUAUUGGUGGCGGAUAUGGUGGAUCGGGAGGACACGGUGGAUGGGGUAGAUCGAUAGAUGCGCAAGAACUCGCGUACCGUGGACAAACGCAGUCGAGCAAAAAGCAGUAGACUAGACAACGCGAAGAUUUCGGUCCCGUACCUGCUAAUUCUCAGCGAGCUUUUAGUUCCCUUAGCCCGAGCGCAUCUUGUUAAUUUAUGUAUUUAUUUUAAGCGUAUAAUAAUGUAAUUUCGACUUGAACUAAACUGACGGACAAAGACUACAAACUACCAUUACUGUCUAGUUUUCUAGACCAAUCAUGUGUUAUUUUUAUACGAGUCAAUAAAAAUAAGAUUUUUUUUACUUA